AUCACUAGAAACAGUGUUGUAAGACACUUUAUGCUGCCGGCACACGUGCGGCGGGAUUCAUUUGUUUUUGUUUCUGGUCAGGAUUUAAGAUCCCCAAAAGGACCCUCGAGGACUUACCUCCCGCCAUGGCCAGUCAGAAACUGGAGUACGAUGCCACGUUGGGCGGAAAAGUGACGCUGCCCACGCAUGUUACCACAUAUCACUAUGCGGCCGGAGCACUCCAGGAGAUUAGGAGCCUAAUAGAGGAAGCUACGCAUUCCUCCCAAAGAACCAGCAAGCUGAUCUUCCAGACUCUGCCCAAACAUAUGCGCCGGCGGGCUAUGUCGCACCACCCUAAGCGACUACCAAGGAAGUACCGCCAGGCGCACAAAUCUCAAAUGGGGAAGAGUGGCAAUCAUCCAGUGAACACUAAGCGUCCCUCUAGGAAGUACCGUCGACGGCCGAAGAAUCUACUCAAUGAAUACGUUCGCCGGCAGCGAAAACACAUUUGGCUGGAGACUCAUAUCUGGCACGCGAAGCGCUUCCAUAUGGUGGACCGCUGGGGUCAUCGUUUGCCCCUCGCCAGCUGUGAUAAGACCUAUCGCGCCUGCUAUCGUGCCAGUGCCCAGCACUGCUUGCUUCAGGACAUUUCUUUCUACUGGUGUUUAGAGCUCCGUGGUAGUUUGGAGAUGUUGCGCCAGGGUUUCGCUCGUCUGACCAGUCCAGACUGUGGUUUGGGCAUCACCGCCAAGACCUUUGUUACUGGUCGCCGCGAGGGCAGUGUGGAGCUCUUCGAGGAUAGUCAGUACCCGCACCGGGCUCUGCAGAAAGCAAGAUUUCUGUGGCGUCCUGAAAACGAUGGUCAGACGGAACGCGCUCUCUGGCUUUGGCUACAUCCCAGCGCGGCUCAGACUACUCUGGAAGAGCUCCUGAAGGUUUUUCAAUUGAAGUCCUGCAAACAACAAACACUGCCCUUGGAGGAGCACAUGCAAGUGGACGAGCCUCUCGAAGCAGGGGAGCCAAAGAAGCUUAAUACCGAACAGGAGAGUCUGGAUAAGAAAACCUCUAAGGAAGGCCAAGACCAGAAACUUGCUAAGAAACAGAACACUGAGAAACCGCUGCGAUUCUGGACUCUGACCAAGGCCUUUGAACGAUAUCCCGCCUAUGUGAACUCGGAUAAUACUGUAAACUUGCUGGUCCUCCGAAAGGAGUUCAAUCGCUUCCGUCUGACAGGGCCGAGGGCCCAAAGUAUUUUGGCAGCCAGCUUGCGUCCACACCAAGCUAACCCUCCAGAGCUCCAGCAUCAGUCUGAAUACGUCCAGGCAGCCCUGCAACUAAACUCACCCAGUGAAUUACUUUCCAACAUGGUUAUGGGUGUCCAAGUAGCAGAUCCUCGCCUGCAGCGUCCCAAGAAACGCACGAAAGCGGAACCCGCCGAAACACAAGCUCGUUCUCCUGAAGAUUUGCUGGUGAACCAGCCGAAGACCUUGCCAGAUAGUCCCUUGUGGCUUCUACAGGAACGGCAGCGCUUAUCCAAGAAUAUCCUGUCCACGGAGAGGUACGAUAAGUUGCGACAGCAGCACGCCAUCGUUCCGGGAGCAUCGUGUGCGUUCGAGGCGAAGAUGCAGGCGGUUCCUCUGCUCCUAAUACAGCGACCGGGAUCUCAGGAUGCCAGCUACAAGAGGCUAGGCUAUGGCUGUGGUUGGGACGUGAUUGCUCCGGCUGGCUAUGGCAUGCUCCUGUGGCUGACGUUGACUAUGUGGGGCGCACGGCCUGGGGGAUUGCGGGAACUGGAUUCAGUGGCCAGGGAGGCGGGCUCCGAGAUGCAUCUGCCGGAUACGGUGGCUGGAGUCCAAGAAGCCAAUGCUGUGGCAGAUGAGCGGCGGGCUAGAUACUUCCGGCUACCUCCAAACAAGCGCACCAAUUACCGGAAGUUGGCCGUGGUCAGUCCGUUUAGUGCCCCCUGGAAGCAGCUGGUUCGGGAUUGGCACGAUGCUUCGUCUACUGGGCCCUUUUAUGUACUGCGGCAUCGCCAGCAGCUGGAGGCAAUAGCCGAUAGCUUGAGGCGAUGCAGUCCUCUACCAAAACCCUUGCCCCAAGCAGCUCUAAUCCAAAUCCAACUGCGGCUUUUGGCCCGAGGCCAUGUCAAGACCAACGCACUGAUCUGCCUGCCCUCCACGACGGACUACCGCAACCGCUGGCGGCAGAUAAAGCGAAACGAUCAGGCUCCCAUACAUGUGGAGCCGCCACAGCCGGACUUGAAUGAAUCUGUCCGUAAGGAACUGCGGCGUGGACACAAGCUGAUGCUGAAACGUCUGAGGGGACGCAGACUUCGAGAGAAGCGCCGUCUCCAGGAAACAGCCACUAAACGCGUUCACAUUCGGCCGGCUAACACAGCUGGGCUGGUGCGCAGCCACCUCCUGGAGAUGUGCCGCCUGUGGCUGCCCAACGAUUCGUCCGAGACUCGGGACAGCGUGCGACGGCAGUGCAGUCGGGAAGUCUUCGGCUACGUGUCUUCAGCCGGCUUCAGCUUCACGGAAGCCACAGUGUGCGCCGUCGGUUACGUGACUCCUGGUGGCUUGCAAAAGCUGCUGCAGGACGUGCCACAAAGCACCAACAGGAACCAGACGCGCCAGCCACUCAUGUGCCUCCUCCGGGAUCCUGAUAGCCGGGACUAUCGGUGGGCCAGCUUCCAAGUGAAUCUGGACGUGUCCACUCAAUGUGCUUGAUACGGAUUCGUUUCCAACCGAAGUAUUCUUAAGACCGUUCUUGUUUUAACUGUAGGCUUAAGGCGAAGAUAUGGUACCUAUGACGGAAACCUCAACCAUAUUCCCCAUAAAUAAUAAAUCAACUUGAUUUUUGUUGUACAUAUUUAA